AUGAACCCCCUUCCUCCUCCUCGACUUCCCGUCGAGCUCAUCGGUCACAUCUGCGACAUCCUCCGCGUACGGGUCGACAACACCUCCCUCUGCACUCUCAUGCGUUCUUCAUCCCUCCUCUACGACAUCGCUUCGCGAAAACUAUACCGCCAUAUUCGGCUCAGCCAAGCGAACCUCCAGCAGUUCCUCUCGGGCAUGCACCUGAUCAAGGCGGGCGAGUUCUGGUUCGAUCGCUCUGCGUUCGCAUAUUCCCGGGUGAUUAAGAUGUCGGAGAGAAGGUCGCCGAGAGCCGGGGAGCAGCGUGCCGAUGACAAGGAGUGGGAGGGGAAAUUGAAGCUGUUCGGGUGUAUCAAGGAGAUCACCGGGAUAGUUUUGGCGGGGUCAGGGAAUGGGAGGGUACUUCAACAUGACGAUGUCGCCGCUUGGGCGCUAGGCUUAUGCCCCAAGGACCAUAUCCUCGACCGGGACAGCGUCCUACUCCCGAAUCUUCGCAUCAUCCAUUUUCACACCGAUCUCGUCCACCGCCAGCCGGGAUUGACCGUUCACGUGCGGCCUGUCGAUCAGUCCGCUGCUUUCUUUCAGCACCCUUCAUGGGACAUUUGCAUGCGGAUCGGCAGUCAUGCGCGCGUCGGGCGUCGAGACGCCUGGUUCGCUCGACCUUACGGCUGGCUUCAAUACCUUUCGUUACGGAGCCAGGUGCGGAAUCUCGCUGUCCACUCGCACGAUAGCAAGACGGCGAAAUCCACCUUUGUCCAGGUCAGGGGUUCGUAUCGCAUCUACAUCAUGACACCUGAUACUCCCGGUAAUCGAUCGGACAUAUGGCGAGAAAUCGUCAAGCACAUCCUGGACCGAACAACAGGCGUACGCGUGUUCGGCGCUUUCGACUCGUCAACUGCGAUGGGACGGACUGCAAAGGUGUCGGCGCUGCAGGAGCUCGUGUCGCUGGGUCAGAGUCAUCGUCGGGAGAGGGUGGAUGUGCCAAAGAGGGACAGCGAGAAAGCGGUGUGGUUUGCACCUGAUGGCUAUAGGGAGGGCUGUAUGUGUGGUGCCGCUAUUCCAGAGGGAUAUGAUCUUCAAUGCUUAGCACUUCCCGGCGUGCUCGGUCAUCUUCCCCCGUCCAACUCCAUCCACCACCUCGAUCCGCCUCCAGUCAUCAGCCGGUCAUUCAUCUCCUUCGGCACAUUCGCCUGUGGCCCCUUGGCCGACAGCCUCCUGGGAUCGGGGCUGCAGAGGUACAAUUUCCAGCUCGCAGCUGAAACCGAGUGCCUUCUUUCUUUUAUGCAUUCGUCCGCUAACCGGGCCAAACGCCUUCCCCAAUCGCUACUGCCUAGCUCUGCCCGGAAAGCCUUUUUCUGGGCGCAGGACACGGAUCCGGAGGCGGCAGACUCCAAGUGUAUUGACGAGAUUCGCGCUCUUGCUUCCAGAAGGAUACUCCAACAGGCCACUGCGUCGCGCCAAAACGCCACUUUCAGGGCUACAUCGGUACACUCCUCCCUAUCGCUCCCCUCCCCAUUCGACCACUCCCUGCCCCUCCUCCUCCCCUCGACAACACCCAUCAUGAACCCCCUCCUACCCAAGCCUCGGCUCCCCGUCGAGCUCAUCAGCCACAUCUGCGACAUCCUUCGCGUACGGGUCGACAACACCUCCCUCUGCGUCGUCAUGCGCUCCUCCUCCCUUCUAUACGGUAUCGCGUCGCCCAAGCUAUAUCGGACGGUUCGGCUCAGUCAGGCAAAUCUCCGGAAGUUCCUUCUGGGGAUGCACCUGAUAGAAGAAGGCGAAGACUGGUUCGAUUGGGUCAAAUUCAGUUCCUGCCGCCGCAAGAAGGGGGGUAGAACGGAGACGGCUGCGGAAGCAGGGAGGUGGAAGGUCAGACUGCUACUCUUCCGGCGCAUCCAGGAGAUCGUGGUCACCGGGUUGUUUGCGGCGGAAAAGGGGAAGAAGGGAGAUUAUCGACACGAUGACAUCGCUCAUUGGGCCUUUGCUCCAUGCCCAUUGACAUCCCUUCGCGAUCGGAAACUUUUCCUCCUCCCAUCCCUACGCAAGAUCGACAUGUACUCCGAUCGUUCCGUCGAACCCCACCCGGCCAUUACCUUCCAUGUGCGCCCAAUCCUCCGUUCAGAUCGCUACGAACCUCUCGCAUGGAACAUCUGCCUGCGGAUCGCCAGUCCCGUGCGCACGCUGGACCACCACCCUAUCCCUCUUUUGUUUCACUGGCUGAACCACCUACAAAUACACCGCCAGGUGUACGACCUCGCCAUACAUUCCUACGACGAUGCGGAAGCGGUCGAUCUCCCUCUGACGACCAGUAAUACUUGCCGCAUCUACACCGCGACUACUUCUGGUCGAUCCAAAGAUCGCGUUUCAGCGCGCGACCGCGCAUGGGACACGGCCCUGAGAAACAUUGCCUUUUCAAGGACCUACGUGCGGAUAUUUGGCACCUUCGACGCCGCCCCUUCCCCUACAAGUGCAGAAGCGGAGCGGAAGGCAAUGAUCCGCAAAAUAUCAUCUCGGGAGGAAUGCGAGCAUCGUCAGGAGGAAGUGGGUGCGCCCAAGGUGGAGGGGGAGAGUGGGUUGUGGUUUGCGCCGGAUGGAUAUAGGGAAGGCUGCUUCGGAGGCGAAUCCAGUAAUUGGUGA